UGACGAAGUAACAGGGGAGGGGGCGGGAGGGAGGUGUGGCCACAGCGGAGCUGAAAGCGAAAGCAGUGGAGAACGAUGGCUGCGGGGCUGCGGCUGCUGCUAGCGGGGCUCUGCUGGUCCCAAUUUAGGGUUAAAGACGCCGCUUCUUCUCCGCCCCCCCCCGCUCCGAUUCGAUGCGCUCUGCUGGAUGGGGUGGGGCGCGGGGGUGCGCUGCCGGGGGGGGGCAAUACCCGUCCCGCACUGCUGCGCUUUGGGGGGGACGCGGAGACCCCCCCCGAACCCGGUCCGGAGCCCGAAGUCACCUUCAAUAUCAGCGACCCCUGGGGAGCUCUGACCCCACUCGGGGUCCCCCCCCGGACACCCCCCAGCUGUGAAUUGAACCCUACCAACCCCCAAACCGGCUCUGCCCCAUGGAGCCGCCCUCUGCACCCCGACGCCCGCAGCCCCCCAACCGCGGGGGGGCAGUGGUGGGUGGCGGCGGUGGGGACCCCCCAGUACGGUGCCACUGCGCUGCUGCAGGGGGGGACGAACACAGAAGGAACCAUCACUGCUGCCGUGUCCCUGGCGGUGCUCACCCACACCCCGACCCUCCAUGGCCAUGCGGGGUCCCCCAUCCAUCUUCACUGCGCCUUCGCUGCCCCUCCAUCCCCUUUUGUCCUCGAGUGGCGUCACCAAAGCAGGGGUGCAGGGCAGGUCCUGCUGGCCUAUGACAGCACCAGCGCCCGUGCCCCCCGUGCCACCCCUGGGGCUGAACUGCUGCUGGGGACACGGGAUGGGGACGGGGUGACAGCGGUGACACUGCGCCUGGCGAGACCAUCACCGGGGGAUGAGGGCACCUAUAUCUGCUCAGUGUUCCUGCCCCAUGGGCACGCGCAGACGGUGCUGCAGCUCAGUGUCUUUGCACCCCCCAAGGUGAUACUGUCCCCAAAGAACCUGGUGGUGACCCCGGGGAUGUCAGCAGAACUGCGGUGCCACGUGUCUGGCUUCUACCCCUUGGAUGUGACCGUGACGUGGCAGCGCCGUGCAGAGAAGUCGAGGCCAUCGCGAUCAACAGGGGGCUCAGUGAUGGACAGCUGGACUUCAAGUCAUCGCCGGGCUGCUGAUGGAACCUACAGCAGGACAGCAGCAGCACGGCUGGUCCCUGCACAUCCCCAACACCAUGGGGAUGUCUACAGCUGCGUUGUCACCCACGGUGCAUUGGACAAACCAAUACGAGUCUCUGUCCGACUCCUCUUGGCUGGCACUGAGGGGCCGCACCUGGAGGACAUCACAGGACUCUUCUUGGUGGCUUUUAUCCUCUGUGGCCUCAUCCGUUGGCUCUACCCGAAAGCUGCACGACCCGAAGAGGAAACCAAGAAAUCACAGUGACCUCCACUCCAGCUCUCAGCACCUCAGCUCCAGAUAAUAAAGGGGUUUUCACCCCAAAGUUCUCUCUAGU